CAAAGGUAACACAGAGACCGGGGGCUCUAUAAAGAUCCACUUUGGUCACGCAGCUUCUUUGCUCGUUUCAUUUCUUCGGUCUUCCUCGUUUUUCCAUCACCACACACACGCCAAAAUGCCCAGCAGGAGGAAGAAGAACAAGCGUCGCAUGAGGAAGGUGCAGGCCCAGAGGAGAGCCCUCGAGGAGCAGCAUGCAGCCAACCCCCCAGUCAAAGCAAGUCCCGGGAUCGCAGUGUGUGCGCCCCCUGCAGCAGCCCCAAAGAAAGCAGCUCCAGCACCAGUUGCAGCUCCAGCUCCAGCACCAGCACCAGCACCAGUUGCAGCUCCAGCACCAGCACCAGUUGCAGCUCCAGCACCAGCACCAGUUGCAGCUCCAGCACCAGUUCCAGAAAAGAUCCCAGAGGUCGUCCCCGUUGCUGUCCCUGUUGUGCCGACCCCCGUAGUAGAACCAGAACCUGUCGUGCAAGAGCCCAUCGUAGAGCCCGUCCCAGUCGAGGCAGCGGCGCCAGAGCCUGAGGCAGCGGCGCCAGAGCCUGAGGCUGUGGUGCUGGAACAGACUCCUGCAGAAGUUGAGGUUGAAGUCCCAGCCCCAAUCACUGAAGAAGCACCUGUCGUUGAGACUCCACCUGAGGAGCCCUCCAUAGUCGAAGCUGCUAUAGAACAGGAGGCUGAACAUAUCAUUCCUGAAACAGAACCAGUAACAGAGGUUGAACCUCCAGCUGAGACUCCAGCGGCGGCCCCUGUUGAGCCUGAGAUUCAGACAGAAGAGCCUACAAUCAUAACCACAGAGACUGAACAGACGCUUGACGUCUGCGAGCCAGAGACUGAAGUGAAGACCGAAGAAGCAGUCGCCGAGGUUGAGGUGGAAGUGUCGGUCACAGACGGUGUCGCCGCACCAGAGCCUGUAACCGAAGCUGCUGAAGAACCAGUGGUAGAAGCACCCACGAGUGACCAAGUUCCUGCUGAAGCAGAAUCUGCGACACAGGAAGUGGUUGCAGAAAUAGUUGUGGAACCAGUGGAGGAGGACAUUGCAGAGAUACCUGAGCCACAGCAGGUGACUGAAGCUGUCGUCAGUCUUGCAGCUCCAGUGGAGAGUGAAGAUGACGAAGCUGAAAUAGAAGUGUUGGCUGAAGAAGAUGCACCUGAAGUCCCGGCUGAGCCCGUUGCAGUCACAGAGGAUGCUCCUGCCGAAUGCGUGGAACUCCCAGAGUUUGUGUUGUCCCACCAGGUCCCAGUCAUCAUCCCUGUGGCUCCGGUAGAAGAGAUUCCUGACACCCAGGACAUUGCUGACAGCCUGGUUGAUGACUUUGUUGUCACAGAAUCCGUCUCAGCCGUGGAGGACGCCAUUGCUGAGUCUGCCGCUGUCCAGCCGGAAAUUGAGGAAGUGAGUGACACCCUCAACAUCCAGUCAGAACCUGUUGAUGUGAUGCCAGCUGAGCCUGAGCCUGUUGAUGUGAUGCCAGCUGAGCCUGUUGCUGCCCCUGCAGAAGAAAUGGUCAUUGACGCCACUCCUGAGCAGACAUGUUUGGAUGUGCUGUCAGAAGAGCCUAAGCCAGAAAUUUGUGCCAUGCCAUGUCAGAUGCAGCUCGCUGUGGAGUCUGUGCAACUCAGCUCAAUGGAGAUGACAGUGGAACCAUCGCUGAAUGGACACAUUGUUCCAGAGGUCUCUAUUGAGGGCUAGAUGCACAUCACGCAGCUUCGAAGACCUUCUUUUUGUCUAUUCCCCUUUGGCCAUUUGGAGGACUCAAAGUUUUACAGCUGACCGUGUUCAUAUUUUAGGGCUUACGCCAGGAAAUCGAAGGGACAUCCACACUUUGAAGUGCCUUUCCGGCCCUGGUUCCUGUCAAAACACCAAACCAGAUGCCAACAUGCCAAAACCCGCUGCAUUCAUGGCAGCAGAACAGACUGUUUGUCAUAAGUGUGCAGAAAUGGAAACCUGUUGUGGCUCGUUUUUUUUAAAAUCCGUAAUUCUUCCUGGAACGCGUGCAGUGAGUUUGCAUUAAUGGUGGACGCAGAGGUGCUUGAGAGAUGGAGAUUUCUUUAAUAAAUAAAUGGCAGUGCCUGAUGUUUCUUAGCAUGUUCAUCUCUCCAGCACAUUGGCUUCCACACUGCAAACACUCACUGCACGUGAAAACUGUAGCGUCGACGACUGUGGCUAUAGUUGUACUCGGACCUGUAUUCAUAAGGGUGGGAGGGUCGAUUUUUGUUUUUUUUUCGUUUUUUUUCUUUGUUUGUUUCACAUUUCAAAUGCGCUUUUUACACUCAAAGAGGUGCAUCUACAAACUUCCCCCAGCCUCCAUUUCUGUCCUCGUCUCUGUCCUGCAGUUCUCCUCUCUGCCUCAACUAAGUGCCAAAGCUAAGGCUAGUGUGACAUUUGAACACAGAGUUUUAGAGCUUAAUGGCCACUUGAAAAUGACAGUUGGAGGGGAUGAGCUGAGAGGUCACUCUUUAUUUUUUUUCUCCUUCACUUUUUUAUUUCAUUUUGUAUAGACCGAAUCAUGUGCUACAGUUUUGUGUUCAAAGUCUGUGAUCUGGAGGGGCAAUGUAAUGUGAUCUGGUGAUGGGGGGGUCACUGUUUGGCUGGUGUCGUGCUGACUUGGUCCACCUUUGGAAAUAAAGCUGUAACUCAUUGUAA